AUGGGUAAUGGAUGUAACAAAAUAAGUAGAACUAGAAAUGGAAAAUUUUUAUUUGAAAAAAGUGAUGAGUUUUUUAAUUUAAUGAAAGAUAAUGAUUCAAGUAGAAGUGAUAUAAAUGAUUGUAAUGAUAUAUUUACUAAUAAAAUUAUUAAUAAAAGAAUAAUUAAAAAAAAUAAAGGUUCAGUAUAUAAUGAAAAUUGUUAUUUUGAAAGUAGUUCAUUUGGUUGUUCUGAUGAUAUGCACUACAUAUUAGAAAAUGAAAAAAGAAUGGUUUUAAAAAAAGUAGAUAAUUCUAAAGUAGAAAAUUACCUUAUAAUAAAAAGGUAUACAAUAUUAAAAAAAUAUAUAAAAAUCUAUAAAAAUAAGAAAAAAAAAAGUUUAAAUAUUGACAUUUUUUCUUCUUUAUCAAAUAAAGAUGAUGAUAAUAUACAAUUGGCAUUACUUAACAGAAAAAAAAAUACUCAAUCGUAUAAAAAGAAUUCGGAGGAAGAGACUCGGUGCAGUUUGUCAGAUAUAUUUUUAGAAAAUGAUGAAAAUAAAAUGUUCAAAGAUAAAAAUUACAAAUUAUAA